AUGUUAAGAAGUUUACGUACACUCAGUCUAAAAAAUAACAACAUAAACUGGCUCUCUCAAUACGAAACAGAGAAUUUAGAAAAGCUUAAUACAAGGAUUUCACCCCAAAAUCUCAAACUGACACUUAAAGGAAAUCCUAUCGUGUGCAACUGCGAAUCUUUACAUUUCAUUCAAUGGAUAUAUACAACGAAAGUGAAUGUUGAUUUGAAAGAAACAGAAAAAAAAUUUAAACUUGCUUUACAUGACCGAGAUUUCAUUCCUGGUAAAUUCAUCGCAGACAACAUAAUAGAUAUAAUAAAGGUCAGCAGGAAAAUCGUUUUCGUUGUAUCGAAAUCUUUCUUAGACAGUGAAUGGUGUCAAUAUGAACUUGAUAUGGCGAGAAUGCACAUGUUCCAACAAAACAGAGAAAUGCUUAUCGUUAUUUUAUUGGAUGAUAUACCAAAUGGUAAAAUACCAAGCCGUUUAAAGCAGAUAUGGGAGAAAAUAACAUGUCUUGAAACUGAUGACAAGGCCCGAAAUGAACAAAUACCGGACGGAGAUGAUAUCUUUUGGAAGAGAUUGUAUUUAGCUAUUAAACCUUGA